CUCUCUCUCUCUCACACACACACACACAAUUCUCCCAUGGCAAUCACAACCGCUUUUUCCCGCCUCUCCCUCCUGAUCCGAUUCACACCCAGACCCAGGCCCUCUCCAUCAUCAUCCCCUUAUACAAUCCCAUUCUUUGCCCCUAACCCAAAGGGUCCCAAGUUCCGAUUCCGGUUGUUUUCAAUGGCCUCCUCCAAUGACAAAGAUUCACCUUUCAAGAAUCCGGGUCUCCAGGCCGUCCCAGAUGAAGAAACUAAGGGCUACAUCAUGCAACAAACUAUGUUUCGAAUUAAGGACCCCAAAGUCAGUCUUGAUUUUUACUCUCGUGUCUUGGGCAUGUCGCUACUUAAGAGGCUGGACUUUCCGGAAAUGAAGUUUAGUUUGUACUUUCUGGGCUAUGCGGAUGCUGCCUCAGCUCCAACUAACCCAGUUGAUAGAACUGUUUGGACCUUUGGUCAGAAGGCUACAAUUGAAUUAACACAUAACUGGGGUACUGAAAGUGAUCCAGAAUUCAAAGGAUACCACAAUGGUAAUUCAGAACCUCGUGGCUUUGGACACAUUGGCAUCACUGUUGAUGACACAAAAAAGGCAUGCGAGAGAUUUGAACGUCUGGGGGUUGAAUUUGUGAAAAGGCUGGACGAUGGAAAGAUGAAAGGGAUAGCAUUCAUUAAGGAUCCAGAUGGUUACUGGAUUGAGAUCUUUGACCUUCAAACUAUAGGAAAAAUCACUCUGGGUGCUUCUUGAGGUGGACUAAGGUGGCACUUAUAGGUGAGCUUCCCUGUUGGUUCGGAUAAUACUUGAGGGCCUAGUCUAGUAAGUGGAUCGUUUUUGUUAAUUAUUGUGUGCUUUUAUGCUACUUGCUACUGGAGACGAGAGUUCUGUGGCAAGUUAUCUUUGUUUUGUCUACUCGACUGUUGUUCAGUCCGAGCGUUGGUCCUUUUGAUCUCUAUUUGUACAAACAUUUGAUUGAUGAAUUGGAACUUUUGUAAGCCUUA